AUGCCACGUGGAAGAGAUGUCAGCAAAAGGUGUUGCCUCCCACUGCCCCUGAAUGAGGACAAUGCCCGUUUUGGCUUGUUGGCAGCCCUUAUACUCCUCUACCUGCUGUGUGGGGCGGUAGUGUUCUCUGCUCUGGAACAUCCCUCUGAGCUUCUGGCCCACAAACGCUGGGAGGAACAGCUGGCCAACUUCACCCAUCAAAACAGUAUAAACCUGAACUCGCUACAGGUCUUGCUAAGGCAGUAUGAGGAGGCUUUUGUGGCUGGGAUACGUGUAGACAAACUUCGGCCCCGCUGGGAUUUCUCAGGGGCAUUUUACUUUGUUGGUACAGUGGUCUCCACUAUUGGCUUUGGCAUGACCACUCCAGUCACCAUUGCAGGUAAGAUCUUUUUGAUAUUCUAUGGACUUCUUGGUUGUGCAGCAACAAUCCUCUUCUUCAACCUGUUCCUGGAGCGCAUCAUCACAAUGUUGGCCUACAUCAUGCGCUGGUGUCAUGAGCUCCAACUACGUCGAUCGGGCGUGGGUGGAGUGGAGUCCAGGAGUGAGGAUGACAGUCUGGAGGGUUGGAAGCCAUCGGUCUACUAUGUUAUGCUCAUUCUGGGCAUAGCCGCCUUGCUGAUUGCUUGCUGUGCUUCAGCCCUCUACUCUGCCAUGGAGGACUGGGACUACUUUGAUUCCUUCUACUUCUGCUUUGUGGCCUUCAGUACCAUUGGGUUUGGAGAUCUGGUGAGCAGCCAGAGGGAGAGCUAUGAAGCUCAGGAGGCCUACCGUCUUGGCAACUGCCUCUUCAUCCUCAUGGGUGUGUGUUGUAUCUAUUCCCUUUUCAAUGUCAUCUCCAUCAUCAUCAAGCAAACCCUUAACUGGAUCCUUGCCAAACUGGACUGCAACAGGGCUAAGUGUCCAUGCCGUGGCCGGCCGUACAGGAGGCGAGGUGAGGCCUGCUGCUGCUGCUUCCCUCGAAUACCAAGCCAGCGCCACAAUCACCACCCUCCACCUGGAAAUUCCCGGCAGAGGGCUAAAAAACGCAAUGCUGUGCACCCUGCCAUGCCUAACGAGGCAGCGGGAAAGCGCUUCACUAAUGCAUCAGUGGAAACAGUUUGUGAUAGUGAGACUGAUGCUGGCUUAGGACCAGAUGGAGGUUAUCUGACAGGGCGCAGACUGUCUGGAGAAAUGAUCUCAGUCAAUGACUUUAUGGCCAACAAGGUUUCUCUGGCCAUUCUACAGAAGCAGCUCUCUGAGACUGCACAUGGUAAUCCAAGACAGAGCCAUGUUCGCCAGAACGGUUUCUCCGGUGGAGUGGGCGCUUUUGCUAUCAUGAAUAACCGCCUUCAGGAGACAAGUGUUGACAGGUAGCCCGUUUAUACAAUGGUGACAUUGGAUACUGCACGUUAUUUACGUAUACAUUUAUAAGACCCAAAUGGUCUCACAUUCAGUAUUACUCAAUGAGAAAAUGUUGGAAAAUGAAAUACCCUUCAGUUUGUUGAGAAGGUUUUAUUUAUUGUUGUUUUAUUGUGCACACAAUGGAAGAUGUACAUUGUACAUUUACUAUUGUAAUGUACAGUACAGAGUAAAUUAGAUCAAAUUAAAACAGUCAAUUUACUUCUGUAUAUCAAGGACAGUGAAUGUUAUAUUAGGAUAAUGCUGAGCAUCUAUGAAUGGUUUCCUUCUUAAGAGGCAGACAGCUCUCAAUGUUUUACAUCAUUAUAAACAAACCAUGGAUUUUAAUGGUAACUUCGCUUCUCAGAGUCACUUUGAUGCUGAAGUGAUUGGCUGGUGUAGUGAGCAAUCACACUGUGCCACUGGAGAGAUCCUUUAAAGGCUCUUUGCGAAAACAGACUGAUUUUCGAGAGCUAGGCAGAUGUAGCCAGAGCACUUACAAGGAGACAGUCCCAGGGGAAAAAUCAAAGAGAGAUGGUCAGUAUUAUUCAUUGUUUAAUAGUUUCUAUUACGCUGCUGUCAGUAUUGAUUGUCCUAAGAAACAAAUGAUCUAAAAUGAACAUAAAUAUAUUUACAACUAUUAUAGUUAAACGAAUCGAGAAAGUUAGAUCAACCAAUUAAUCAAAAUAAUAAAGCAAAUUAUUUGUUGAUGGAUUGUAUAGAUUCAGUAGACACUGUAUAUUGUAAACACUUAUUUUACUUUGUUAAAUAUUUAUUUUGGUAUUGAUAUUUAUGUGUUAAAUUUAAUACUCUUAAAAUGGCAUGUAAUUAUUCUUGUUCGGGUGUGAUGCAAAACCUGUGCAUUGCAAUCCAUGCCUCCAACAUCUGUGUGUGACUGCCGCCUCUUGUUAUUUGAUGCAACGCUGAGAGCUUUUUUAUUCUGUUGCAGAUUUGGUCUAAGUGAUACAUUAACAUUGUGCUUGCAGAUGUGAACGUGACAUUAAAACUGGGUUUGCAGAGGGUAGUUAGUGGGCGUUCAGUGAAGACUCUCUACUGCCCUCUGCUAACUGAUGAUUGG